UAAUUAGCUCCAACAUCAAGCCAAAGAAAAUCUUUCAAAAACUAGAUUUGAAGUGCAAAAAUCUUUUACUCCAGAUAAUUACAAGUAAAUAUGGGUGCUAACUACUCAGCUACUUUACAUGAAGCUCAUAAUAUGCCAACCACACCACAAUUCAAGAGCUCUCAAGUCAAUGCUUUCCACUCUUCAAAAAAAUGGAAACUCCAUUUUGAUUCUUUGAAAGAUACAAACAAACUGGUUGUCAUUGAUUUCACAGCUACAUGGUGUGGUCCUUGCAAAUACAUGGAACCAGUUCUUAAUGAGUUUGCUGCUAAAUAUACAGAUGUUGAGUUUGUCAAGAUUGAUGUUGAUGAAUUAGCUGAUGUAGCUCAGGAAUAUGGGGUUCAAGCGAUGCCAACAUUCGUGCUGAUAAAGAAAGGGAAAAUGAUUGACAAGAUUGUGGGAGCAGAUAAAGAUGCACUAAAGAUGAAAAUUGAGAAACACAGAGCUAUGUUCAUCUUACGUUGCAUGCCAAUUCAGCAUGGGAGUUGUAUUAGGAAAAAGCCAAUAGCAAUUCUGAGUAAGCUCAAGCAACUAGAUCACAUACGGCGUAGAGGCCGCGGUGGUGCUGCCAGAGGACCUGGUGGUGGAGGACACCAUAUGCAAAAAAUGGGUGCUAACUACUCAACAACUUGGCCUGAAGCUCAUAAUAUGCCAAUAACACCACAAAUCAAGAGAUCUCAAGUCAUUGCUUUCCACUCUUCAACAAAAUGGAAGCUCCAUUUUGGUUCUUUGAAAAAUACAAACAAAUUGGUUGUUAUUGACUUCACAGCUACAUGGUGUAGUCCUUGCAAAUAUAUGGAACCAGUUCUUAAUGACUUUGCAGCUAAAUAUGCAGAUGUUGAGUUUGUCAAGAUUGAUGUUGAUGAAUUAGCUGAUGUAGCUCAGGAAUAUGAGGUUCAAGCGAUGCCAUCAUUCGUGCUAAUAAGGAAGGGGAAGGUUGUCGACAAGGUUGUGGGAGCAGAUAAGGAUGGACUACAGAAGAAGAUUGAGAAACACAGAGCUAGCUUAUACUAAGCAAACCAAAUGCAGUACACUGGCCAAGAACAAACUUUGCUGAAUGACCAAGGAAUGAUGGUCCUUGUGUAGAAUAAAAUUCAUAUGUUUGCACGAAUUUCAAGUAGAUGAGAUCGAUCAAGUGGUCUCAGUUAUCACUUUCUGAUUGAAAAAAAAACUCGCUAAUGUACUCAUCUCCGAUCCUUGCUCAAUUCUGAUUGUGAACUUCAAAGAGGCUGAUUAAAGCACUAUUAAUUUUUCAGUAUAUUUUUUUGAAUAAGAAAACACCAUUCUGGUUUUUGUGUUCA